AUGAAACUCUGGGUGGGUGUGCGAAGUGCGAGCUCUGAUUUCUUGAGUCCUCCUCUCCUCUAAUGGUGUCUUGAAAUUUCUGGAAUCUUCGGAGGAUUCUCUUGCGUUUCUCCAUGGCCGCUCCUUUUUUCUCCACACCUUUUCAGCCGUACGUUUACCAGAGUCCACAAGAAAAUGUGACACCUUUUCAAAUAUUGGGUGGUGAAGCUCAGAUAGUUCAGAUAAUGUUGAAACCACAAGAAAAGAUUAUUGCAAAGCCUGGUUCCAUGUGCUACAUGUCUGGGUCCAUCCAAAUGGAGAAUGUUUACAUCCCUGAAAAUGAAGUAGGUAUGUGGCAGUGGCUUUUCGGCAAGGCUGUGACAAGCAUAGUUCUUCUCAAUCAAGGUUCAAGUAAUGGCUUUGUUGGAAUUGCUGCACCUUCUCUUGCAAGAAUACUCCCGAUUGAUUUGGCAAUGUUUGGCGGGGAAAUUUUAUGCCAGCCAGAUGCAUUCCUUUGCUCUCUCAAUGAUGUAAAAGUCAAUAAUACAACUGAUCAGAGGGCUCGUAACAUAGUUGUUGGUGCAGAGGGAUUUCUGAGACAGAAGCUAACCGGGCAAGGGCUUGCUUUCAUAGUUGCUGGUGGAUCUGUUGUACAGAAAAAUCUCGAGGUGGGUGAAGAACUAUCCGUUGAUGUGUCUUGCAUUGCUGCCCUGUCGGCCACUGUCAACGUCCAAAUCAAAUAUAAUGGUCCCAUGAGAAGAGUAGUCUUUGGGGGCGACAACCUAGUUACAGCUGUUCUAACAGGACCAGGCAUUGUCUUUAUACAGAGUUUGCCCUUUCAGCGAUUCUCUCAGCGCAUUGCCAGGGCGGUUACAUCCCCAAACAUGAGGGAAAAUCCAAAGUUCUUUAUUCAGAUAGCAAUUUUCUUCUUUUUGGCUUAUGUUGUGAUUGUAUCAUCAUUGAUCUUAACUGAUGUUUGAUCUUCCCCUUCUUUCUUGUGUCCUCUUUUAUUCCUUGCCUUUUAAUUUCAAUAUAAUUUCAUCAAUAGAAACCUAUAGUUUAGAUUGGUUGUCUCGGAAAUUAUGAUUCUAGAGUUGUAAAGACGAUUUCAAGUUUCUUCUUUGCUCAUGUUAAAUGCAACCACAGCCUAUUCGAGGCCUCAGGUGAAUUCUCUGAAAA